AUGAACGAUAGCUGUGCAGUGUGUGCUGACGCCCUGGAAUGGGUUGCUUAUGGUACUUGUGGCCAUAAGGAGGUCUGCUCUACUUGUGUGGCUCGCCUCCGUUUCAUCAGCGAUGACCGCCGUUGCUGCAUCUGCAAGACCGAGUCCGACGUUGUUUUUGUCACAAAGGCUAUGGGAGACUAUACCAAGAUGGUUAAGGAGUUGCCAUCUAAAGCUACGGAGGGUCGCUGUGAAUCAUAUUGGUACCAUGAGGACACAAGAGCAUUUUUCGACGAUUUGGAUCACUACAAGAUGAUCAAGGCAGUGUGCAAUCUUUCAUGCGGUAAAUGUGACAAGGCAGGAGAGAAAUCAAAUAUUCAGUUUCGGAACAUUGGACAGCUCAAAGGACACUUGUUCCACCAGCACAAUUUGGUUAUGUGUCCUCUAUGUUUGGGAGGAAGGAAGAUGUUUGUAUGUGAGCAAAAGCUUUAUACUAGAAGCCAGCUGAAACGGCAUAUAAGUUUAGGGGACUCUGUAGUGGAUGGAAGCGAGAGGGAAAGAGGUGGCUUCAAGGGACAUCCUAUGUGUAAGUUCUGCAAAAUUGCAUUCUAUGGCGAGAGUGAAAUUUACACUCACAUGACUACUGAUCACUAUAGGUGUCAUUUAUGCCGCAGUUCUGGAGAAGAGUAUGAGUAUUAUAGAGAUUAUAACGAUCUAGAGAUCCACUUUGAGCGAGGCCAUUUUCCGUGUGAAGAUGAGUCUUGCCUUGAGAAAAAGUUUGUGGUGUUCCAAUCCAAGGCAGAAUUGAAGAUGCAUAGUACUCUGGAACAUGGAGGGCGUAUGUCUCGCUCACAGCGUAAUGCUGCUCUCCAGUUACCUACUAGCUUCAGAUAUGGGCCAAGUAAUGAGCAAGAUAGUAGGCGCGGAGGAAUAGGUGUGACUUUUGGUGGCGAUUCUUCUGAUGAUCAAGAAAGCAGUGUGGAGACACAUAAUGCUGAUGAAACAUUGCAUGAUCCUUCAUCAUCAACUAGCCAAGCUGGUAGUUCGAAAUUACUUGGAGAUAGAAGUGACAUUGAUCCGAUCAUUAAGCCAAUUGAGUGGUUAAGUAGAUCUUUAGGUGAACCAUCUUCAAAGUAUCUUCAAGUAGCCUUGGGAAAAAAUGGUGGGAGAGCUAAAGCGCAGUUGGAGGACUCUUCCUUGUUUCCUCCCCUUGCACCUGGCAGCAGCAGCAGUCAACCAACAUCCAAACCUGACUCAGAUUAUGCUUUGCCUGACAGCAAUACCAUGGCAGCACAUCUCCGUAGGAAAAGCAACCGCAAGAUGGCUGUUGAAUGUCCUGAUACUAAGCCUGCUGUUAUUAGUUUUAGUGAGGCUUGGCCGGCAGCGGGGCAUGUAGCACCACCUACUGGUUCAUCUCAGACGCUGUGGCCUAGAACUAAUGUUUCAGGGAUGGCAUCAGUAGUUACCAAGCCUGCUGUUAGUUCUAGACAUGCUUGGCCAGCAGCCAGGCCUGUAGCACCACCUACCAUCUCAUCUCAGACGCCGUGGCCUAAAGCAAAUGUGAGUGUAGCAGCACCUACUAAAUUAUCUCAGACGCUGUUGCCUAAAAGUAAUAGUCAGAACAAGGAGUGGCCUAAAACGAAGGUUUCAUGUUCUGGUCAGAAUAAGAUGGCCUUUGGUAAAGGAGCGGCACAGUCUAGCUAUGCAAGCUCCGCUAUGCACGCUCGAGUAGUUGAGAAUCAAGAAACAGCAACAGAAAAGAACAAGUGUGUAAGCUUGGAUUCUACUUUGGAUUUCCCUCCUGUUUCUGCAGCACAAGUGGUGUUCAGGUUGCCCCAGCAUACUAGUGAGCCUGUAUUGAAAGUGGGGGAUUUUCGAGCUGCUAAUAAGUCCUUGGUGGAAAAUAUUCGUGCUGCUGUUGGCUUCGACGAAGACAAGUACACUGCGUUUAAGGACAUAUCUGUACAAUACAGUCGGGGAUUAGUAGACAUCAAAGUAUAUUUUGACUUUGUGAGGCAGUUUGGGUUGUCACAUCUUGUCCUUGACUUGGCUAGACUGUGCCCGGAGGCCCAGAAGCAGCGUGAUCUGAUUGAUGCCUACAAUGCCAGUAUGAGAAGCAAUGGUGCAGAAGAGGAUGAAGGAUGGUCCCAGGUCAAUGUCCGAUUGAAAGAUUCGAAGAAGGGUAAAGGGAAGAGUUCUAAUAAGAAUGGUUCUACUGCAGCAGCGGCUUUGGAGCUCAGUAAUUCAGCUGGAGGACCCGUCCAGGGUGCUUGGAGGAAUAAAGGCGGCCAUAAACACUUUUAG